AACACAGGGGGGAACUCAAACAUAAAUCCUGCUAUAAGCCCACUGUGUCACAUCUGCACCUAAUAAGCAUAGGUAAGGCUCCUUAAACUUGCAGAGGGGGGUUACCCUGCCCCUGUGAUCACACCUGCCUCAGAUGAAUGGCAUAUCUGUCUAUAGUAUUGUACACAAUGUUGCAAACUCUGUGCAUUCAGAUCAUCCCAGGUGUCUGAGCACCCUGUAAUAGAGGUGUGUAAGAAGAUGCCCCCAUUGCCUGCUGCUGGUGUGUGCUGGCCGGGCACUGCAGUCUGGAAGCACCGUACAGCUGGGGAGAGGAGGAGAGAGAGGAGCAGGCGGAGCCAGUGAUCGCUGCAGCUGAUCACACACAUACACAGCAACACUAUCUCCAUUCUCCUUUACAAACCAUAAUCAUGAUCCUACCACCUCCCCCGAAAAGGAAAAGGACUGGAGCUAAUUCUCCUUGAAGUGGGUAUGUUAAUGCCAUCGACUGCAUUGCAUAAGAGAUCCCCCUCCCCAAAUCUAAGAUCUCCUCCUUGGACAGAGCACUGAAGCAAGGGACUGUGCUGUGAGUAUCAUUACUGCUUUUGUUCACAACAUCCCAGGAAGCUAAGAGAGUGGGUUGCUUGGAGAAGGCUCCAUCCUCAGAUCAUUCCAAGCACAGUCCUGCUCUGCUGAUCUUCAGUUUGGGGGAGGGUGGGGGGGGACUCUGAGAUAUGCCAGGCUGGACCUCUGCUUGAACCCAUGUGUGUUUUGUUCAGUGAUACUUUCAGGGAGAAGGUUCCUGAUACCAAGCCUGCAAAGGUCCCUGAAACCAAGCCACCUUCAAAGAGACUUUUAUUUUUUAACCUGACCAGUGAGGAGACAGAUGUGUUAUCAUCUUUUAUAUGCAGGUUGCUGUAUGAUUUUAAUUCUUUUUCUGCAUGCUAACUUCUAGGCAACGUCAAAGCUGCAGGAGAUGCGUUGCUGCAGAACCAAAGCCAAAAGGAAUAGUGAUCUGGGAAUGACAUGAUAUCAUUUGUAUUGUCUUUGGGAAAAAAAGAUAUUGGUACAGUAAAUCAGUUUCGUAACCUGCUUGACCAGCUUGAUGCAAGCUUUCAAUGGAUGUUCAUGGAUUAUGUGGUUUGUAGCUGGGCAUAGGGGGCCAUUACUUUCACAGAAAGAGGAGUCAGUUCUACUGAGGAAAACCAUAAAAGAGGGGAACAAUAUUACAAAGUGACACUGAUUUGCACAUCGAUUGAAUCUGGCUGUUGUUGUUUUUUCCAUAUUAUGUCUGCACUCCGAAGGAAAUUCGGGGACGAUUAUCAGGUAGUGACCACUUCGUCCAGUGGCUCUGGAUUUAAUCAAGCAGCUCCUAAAAAGAAAAGACAGAGGUUUGUGGAGAAGAACGGCCACUGCAACGUCCAGCAUGGGAACCUGGGGAGCGAGACCAGCAGGUACCUCUCUGACCUCUUCACUACACUGGUGGACCUUAAAUGGCGUUGGAAUCUAUUUAUCUUCAUUUUGACUUACACUGUUGCCUGGCUUUUCAUGGCAUCCAUGUGGUGGGUAAUUGCGUACAUGCGAGGGGAUCUCAAUAGAGCACACGAUGAAAACUACACACCUUGUGUAGCUAAUGUCUACAACUUUCCAUCAGCCUUUCUGUUCUUCAUAGAGACAGAGGCCACCAUUGGGUACGGAUUCAGGUACAUUACUGACAAGUGCCCUGAAGGGAUUAUCCUCUUUCUUUUACAGUCCAUCCUAGGUUCCAUCGUUGAUGCCUUUUUAAUAGGCUGCAUGUUUAUAAAGAUGUCUCAACCCAAAAAGAGAGCCGAAACUCUAAUGUUCAGUGAACAUGCUGUCAUCUCAAUGAGAGAUGGAAAGCUCACCCUGAUGUUCAGAGUGGGCAACCUUCGAAACAGCCAUAUGGUUUCUGCCCAAAUCCGUUGUAAAUUGCUAAAAUCUCGGCAGACACCCGAGGGUGAGUUCCUCCCUCUCGAUCAACUUGAACUGGAUGUAGGAUUUAGCACAGGGGCAGAUCAGCUCUUUCUGGUAUCGCCGCUAACAAUCUGCCACAUGAUUGAUGCAAAGAGCCCCUUCUAUGACCUGUCUCAGCGAUCCAUGCAAACGGAACAGUUUGAAAUCGUUGUCAUCCUAGAGGGCAUUGUGGAAACUACCGGGAUGACCUGCCAAGCACGGACAUCGUACACCGAAGACGAAGUUCUAUGGGGUCACCGGUUUUAUCCUGUUAUAUCUCUAGAAGAAGGAUUCUUUAAAGUAGACUAUUCACAGUUCCAUGCAACAUUUGAAGUUAACACGGCACCUUAUAGUGUUAAAGAACAAGAAGAAAUGCUACUUAUAUCUUCGCCAUUAAUAGCACCAGCAGUAAGUCACAGCAGAGAAAAAAAUAGUUCUGUAGACACUCUGGAUAGUAUUGAUGACAUUAGCACAAAAAUGCCUACAAAACUCCAGAAAAUGACCGGCAGGGAAGACCUGCCCAGGAAAUUACUCAGAAUGAGCUCUACCACUUCUGAAAAAGCUUACAGCAUGGGUGACUUGCCAAUGAAACUACAACGAAUAAGUUCUGUCCCGGGUAAUUCAGAAGAGAAACUUGGCAUGAGAACAACAAAGAUGAUUUCGGAUCCGAUGAGCCAGUCAGUAGCAGAUUUACCACCAAAGCUUCAAAGAUUGUCUGGUGGCGGCAGGAUGGAUGGAAACCUGCCACCGAAAUUGCGGAAAAUGAAUUCAGACCGAUUUACAUAACACAAACUUUUUGGCAUUAAUCAAAGAAUGGGUUAGAAAAUAUCCAGUGAAAUUAUGUAUGUAUAUAUAUAUAUAUAUAUAUAUAUAUAUAAUUUCACUGUAUAUAUAUAUAUAUAUAUAUAUAUAUAUAUAUGAACCGUACAAAUGUUCAAACACUAAAGACUGAACUUCCUUUGCAGGAAAGCCAUAUUGGGCUACAGUUGUAAUGCUGAUGGUAGUCAGGACUGUACUUUAUAUAUAUAGUGCUUUGAUAAGAGACCUAACAUGUUUUUAUGGUCUUUCUAGAACUAAAGUAAUACUAAUUGGCAUGUAGUAUCACAUCAAGCAUGCAAUAAUAGUGUGCAUAUUUUGCAUAUAGUUUUAUGGCAUGAUUCUUUCUUUAUAUUGUAUAAUCAAAAAAAAAACUUCAAAGGGGCAUUAUUCUCCCCCAUAUUUUUUAAAAUGACUACUUCUGUCAUAAGAAUGGUUGACUAUAAGGGCAAAAUUUUAUUGAAGAUUAUUUAUUACUUGGAUAUACAUUGUAAAUAUUUGCCCAUGUAAGUUAGUUCCAAGCAUGCAUUAGGUUUUAAAACAGGAAUUUUAAAAACCCCUUUACUUUAUUAUUGCUGUCACCCUGAUAUAAAACUACACUGGUGCAUCUUUAUUGGUCAACUCCAGAAAGUGCAGAGACCAUGGGGUCUAUUCACUAAGUCUUGUAUGGGGGGCAUUUACUAAGCAGUGAUAAGAGCGGAGAAGUGAGCCAGUGGAGAAGUGCCCAUGGCAACCAAUCAGCACUGAAGUAACAUCUAUAAUUUGCAUACUAUAAAAUUAUACAGAGCUGCUGAUUGGUUGAUGGGGCAACUUCUCCACUGGCUCACUUCUCCGCUCUUAUCACUGCUUAGUAAAUGUCCCCGAAAAUCGCUGGAGAUAAAGUACCAACCAGUCAACUCCUAACUGCUAUGUCACAGGCUGUGUUUGAAAAAUGACAGGAGCCGAUUGGCUGGUACUUUAUCUCCAGCGACUUUAUCUCAAUCCAAGGCUUAGUAAAUAGACCCCCAUAUUUAUUUAUUUUUGUCUACAAAAUACUUGCUAAAUCUGUUUCACCCUUUGUAUUUGUAUACAAUGAACAUGAGACAGAUCACCAAAUACUUGUUUUAUAUUCUAGUUUCAUAAAAUUCCAUGCUCCUACAGUAAAAUAAUAAUAAUUAAAAUGCCAAUUUAUAAAGGGCUGUAUACCUAAUACCUAUACAGAAUAUAUUUGAAUAUUUAUUUAUUACAAUUUUUUUUGUUUAAGAUAUUAUUUUGGUAUAUGUGUAAUAUGGGUGCAUUUAUUUUAUCCUUGCCAAAGUUUCCACAUCGCAGAUACUGUAGUUUAUCAAAAACUAUUUGAGGAAGGUGACAAAGGUUAUAAUUUAAUUUACAUAUAAACAGCAAAGUGAAGUUUCCUUAUUAAUUAGAAUUUCUGUUUUAAUGAUGUUUCCUGGGGUUUCUAUUUCUCCUGGGCUAAGUUUAAUAUUUUAAAUUUAUGUUGAGUUGUUCAGAUCCCAUAAAGCAAAGUGACUUUCCCCUGCAAAAAAAUAAAUAAAAAAUACAUCUUUAGAACAUUAAUAUAUCAAUACUUGUUACAAAAAAUAUAAUCUCUUAGGAUAUAAAGUUUGCAUAUCUGUCUGUUUCAUUGAUUUAUAGUAUGAUGUUUUAGUACAUAUUUAACACACUUUUUUGCCAAUUUUCUUCAAAUGUAAUUUAUCUACAGUUUUUCAUUAUGUGGAUGUAGUAUGUUAUAUAUUUCAAUUGAUAAAAUGUGCCCUUAAAGAUUUUGGGCCAUAAAAGCCAUAAAAGUGUUUUAAACAAUAAUUAAAACAUAAUAAUUGUCUUUAAUUAAAAAAAAAAUCUCACUAAUAUGUGUUCUUGGGUAAAUUUAUUUAAUUAAAGACUUCUACUACGAUUUAUUUUUGUCAUACUCUAGAACAGGCUGCUACUGGAGUAGAAGAAAAAUGCUGAAAUACUUGCUAACCUUAAGUACAUAUUAUUAUAUUUAUUCAGACAUGACUACGGGCCUAAUUCAGAUCUGAUCGCAGCAGCAAAUUUGUUAGCAAAUGGACAAAACCAUGGGGCUAAUUCAUUUCAGACCCGAUCGCUGCUGUGCGUUUUUGCACAGCAGCGAUCAGGUCUGAACUGCGCAUGCGCCGGCAUGUCAGACAGCUGUCUUAGCCCUGCGAUCGCCUCUGCCUGAUUGACAGGCAGAGGAGGUCGCUGGGCGGGCCGGUGGCGUUUGGCCACUGUUUAGGGGGCGCAGUCCGGGCAACGCAGGCGUGCCUGGACCGUUGGGGGAGGGGGGUGGACUGCGGUGGCUGCGUGACAUCACACUGCGCUGCGACCUGGGCAGCGACAAGUAGCUCCCUGCCAGCGCGCAGGAGCUGCUCUGGCUGGGAGCUACUCUUCAAGUACAAAAGCAUCGCCGCUGUGCGAUGCUUUUAUACUUGUGCGGCGGGGUAGGGACUGACAUACGGGGCGGUCUAGCCCUGUGCUGGGCGUGGCCCCGCAUGUCAGGGAAGCUGAUCGUAGAUGUGCUUUUAGCACAUCUACGAUCAGGUCUGAAUCACACCCCAUGUGCACUGCAGGGGAGGCAGAUGUAACAUAUGCAAAGGGAUUAAGAUUUGGGUGGGUUUAUAUUGCUUCUGUGCAGGGUAAAUUCUGCCUGCUUUAUUUUUACACUGCAAUUACGAUUUCAGAUUGAACACACCACACCCAAAUCUAAAUCUCUCUGCACAUGUUAAAUCGCGCCCCCCCCCCCCCCCCCCCUGCAGUGCACAUAUGGGGUCAUUCUGAGUUGAUCGCUCGCUAGCUACUUUUUGCAGCGCAGCAAUCAGAUAGUCGCCUCCUAUGGGGAAAUGUAUUUUCGCUUUGAAGUAUGCAAACGCUUUUGCAGCCGAGCGAUACAAAAAAGUUUUUUGCAGUUUUUGAAUAGCUCUGAACUUACUCAGCCGCCCUGAUCACUUCAGUCUUUUUGUUCCCGGAAUUGACGUCAGACGCCCACCCUGCAAACGCUUGGACACGCCUGCGUUUUUCCAAACACUCCCAGAAAACGUUCAGUUGACACCCAUAAACGCCCUCUUUCUGUCAAUUACCUUGCGAUCGGCUGUGCGAAUGGAUUCUUCAUUAAAUCCAUCGCCCAGCAACGAGCCUCUUUAUACCCAUACGACACGCCUGCGCAUUGCGGUGCAUACACAGUUUUGAUUAGUUUUGACCUGAUCGCAGCGCUGCAAAAAAUAGCUAGCGUGCGAUCAGGUUGGAAUGACCCCCAUGGUUUUGCCCAUUUGCUAACAAAUUUGCUGCUGCUAUCAGAUCUGAAUUAGGCCCUAUUUUAUGCAGUGUUAUACACUAAGGACCUUUUUAAGAUACUAAUUUUCACAUUGAACAUCAACACUAAAAAUUAUUUUUAGUACUGUUGUGUUGCAUCUCCUUAAAGAAAUAGGCAGCAAAGAGAUGUGGAUGCAGCCCAGAUGUUUACAGUCACUAUGUUGACAGAGAAACUGUACACACGGGAAAGUGGGCACCAUGGUUAAAAUGCUACUUACGGCAUUUUAACCAUGAGGACAUUAUAACUUAAAAUAAAUUUAGAACGCCUGCACAGUUAAAAUGCUGUAAGUAGCAUUUUAACUAUAUUGGGAUCCCAGCACUGUCUUUCUUGUGUCUACAGUCACUGUCAACUUGGUUACUAUAGAAAAUACAUGCCGAAACCGAGCAAGAGCAGGCCACUUACAGUAAGGAAAUGUCCACAUAAAUGCAAUGUAUACCCGCAUGCAGAAAUGUCUGUCAUCACAAGGUGUGUCUUGAGGGUUGUGGAGGGCUGGUGUGAAUAUAUAUGCCAGGAUGAUAACAGAAUUAUCUGCCUUUUUCUGAUUGGCUGAUUGCAUCUAGACCCUCAGAACUUAACGUAUAAGUGUGGCUAAUACUGUUUAUUAUAUGAAGUUACUUCCCUCUAUUAUCAUUACUUACUUAUUCCAUUCGGAUUGCAGCAGUAAAGAAGAUUCUCAUCUGAUAUUUAAAGGGGGAAACAAUAGUUGUUUGUGUUUAAUUCUACUUUAUUAGGUAAAUGUGAUUUUUUUUAUUUCUUUUUGACACUCCUAGAUGUCCCCAGACUCAUGGUAAGCGGUGUGUGGCUUCUUUUCCUCACAGACAUAAGCUAACCCCCACCACCCAGGAUAUACAUUACCUGCCGUGCCACUCUCCCCUUCCCCAGCACAUACACUGCUAUUUUCAUGCCCCCCAGGACAUAUACUAAUGCACUACCCACCCUACCCAACCACCCCACCACCAACCACUCCAGGGCAUA